AUGGAGGGGAUGGCGUAUGGAGCGGGAAAGGCAGGAGGCGCCUUCGAUCCCAUCACGUUCUUCCAGCAGCCGCACACUAUCCUCAGAAUCGUCUCCUGGCUCUUCUCCAUCGUGAUCUUUGGCUGUAUUGCCAACGAGGGCUACGUGAAUAGGCCAGACGAGGUGGAGGAGCACUGCAUCUUUAAUCGAAACCAGAAUGCCUGUAACUAUGGCGUUGGCAUGGGAACGCUGGCCUUCCUCUGCUGCAUGGCCUUCCUGGCCCUGGACGUCUAUUUCCCGCAGAUUAGCAGCGUCAAGGAUCGCAAGAAAGCGGUGCUGGCCGACAUCGGAGUGUCUGCGUUCUGGUCCUUCAUGUGGUUCGUGGGCUUCUGUCUCUUAGCCAAUCAGUGGCAGGUUGCCAAGCUUGAGGACAACCCCCUGAGAGAGGGUGGAGACGCUGCCCGUGCAGCCAUCACCUUCUCUUUCUUCUCCAUCUUUACCUGGGCGGGACAGGCGUUCCUGGCGUACCAGAGGUACAUGCUGGGGGCUGACUCCGCCCUGUUCUCCCAGGACUACACCGACCCCAGCCAGGACGCCGCGGCUGCCCCGUACAGCGCUUUUACCAGCGGGGAUGAUCUGGAGAGCCCAGGGGGCACUGGUUCCUACCAGCAGCCCAGCAGUGAGGGCGCCUUCGAUGGCUCGGCUGGAUACCAACGCCAGGAGUACUGA